UCUAAUACAAUUUUAAUAAAAAUUAAAAUAAAAGGUGCUAACAUCCAAAAGUUGUUAAAGUGGUGUAGGUGUUAACUGUUAAAGUUGUCAACCCUCCCCCACCUAACCCACACAAACUAAAAGCAAUUUUUUUCCAGAGCUCCUGUAUCGUGCCUGUAUCCAGCUUGCUGUGCCCCCUGCUUCACCUGUCUGCACUGAUGGUGUGCACGUGACACAAGCUCACCUGACCAGGCCACCGCUGGUCCCGUUGCCAUCCUACGUUGACGGUUGUUCCGGCGCUGCCAUACAGCACAUCAGCUUUCGGGUGAAAAUGUUAAAAAAAAAUUAUAGAGAGCUGACCCGGAGACAAGUGUCAGAGAGGUGAGCAGCAAUAGUGAGGCGUGAGUCUGGGUCGUCAGUUUGGCGUCCUUCGCUGGUCCUGCUGACGUCUUGACUGAACAGGAAGGCGGAUCCGAGUCCAAGCCUCCUAAGAAAACAGAAAACGGGAUUUGUUUCCACGUCAGCCAGGUGUCGGGAUGUCUCAGCUGGGUGUCUACACAACGUCCGACCCUUCCCAUGCUGGCUUUCGUCCCGAGCGCAGUAACAGUGAUGCCGGAGUGCACGCUGCAUCCCGCGCUCAUGUCCGCGCUGCUGCAGGUCAUGGCAGGUACUCGCCGACGCCUGGUCAAGCACAUCGGUUGUCUCCUCAGCGAGGUCAAGACUAUGUCCAUUGUGGUUCUGGUGCCUCCCUGCCGGUGGUUGAGAGCAGGGGAUCAAAGACAAAGCUGUUCUCCUCAUCGUCAGCAGAGCGUCGUCGUCGUCGUCGACGACGAACAUCAUCGCCGAUGCUCUCCUCGUCAGCAUCAUCACAAAAGCCACAGCUGCCUCCCGUCGCAGCGAAUCCAGGACGCGAGUGGACCGAGUCGUCUCGCCUUGACCCCUAACAGCACGCGCUCGCACUCGCACUCGGGUGUGUUCCAGCUCGCCUCGCAGGGAGCGCCACCAGCAAGGGACAUGCAACCGUCGCCGGCUUCCUCGUCGCGGUCACGCGCCGUGUCGUCAGACGAGGACGAGGUGACGUACGUGUGGAAGGAGGGGCGCGUGCAAGUCCACCACGCGCGCGACGGCGCAAGCACCCCGGACUUCUCGUCCUCCGGGCAGCACGUGCACUACGUCUGGCGUAAUGGCAACGUUGAGCGCGUCAUCACGGGCUCUAAUCACGAGUUACUGUCUGCGGAGGUGGUGCCGCCAAGAACAGUCAAGGGAGGAAACUGUUGCGUCGUCAUAACACUCAUCAUCUUCCUCGUCAGCUUUGCGAUCGCUAUCAUCGUGGUCUUCAGACUCUUGUACUAAGCCAUAGUGAAUUUUCUGUAUUCUUUAUUUUUACAACUCUCUCCAUUUCUCUUGCUGGUGUCAGCGCCCCAUGGUGGCCUGAAUCCAAAGUCUCGCCGCGAUCGCGCUGUGGGUUAUCUGCCUUCCUGAGCCCAGAUGUCCUUCAUGGACAAAGUGUGGAGAUGUCUUCUUGGCGACCAUUUAGCAGCCACAAAGCUCUAGAUAUUUUGUCAGUACCAAACAAUCGCAGGACUUUCAGACAAGUAUUCAGAGUCAACAGUGAGCGACAUAAGCAUUUAAAAAAAAAUAUAUAUAUAUUCCCAGUUACCAAUAAGAAUCUCGUUCGAGAUGAACGAUCGGAAUCCAAGCUCGUUGCCAUAAUGGGAAAAUGACGGCGGUUUGGCGAAAUCGAAUGAACAAGUAAUGGCAGAUUGUGAAUGAUGUAAGAGACACUUCCAGCUCCAGAAGCAUUAUAUUGUUUUCUCUAGAGGGGCUCCGUUUCGCAGCUGAGCCGUCGCACGACAUUUUAUGAUAGAAACAAUGGCACGCGCGCGUCCUCUCUUGAGAACGUCAAUGUCAGCAUCGCAGGUCACGGGGUCACG